AUGGCCAGUCCAAUCUCGUCCCCAUCCUCACCAUCAAAGCCGCCGCCUUUGCCAUCCGCUUUGCAUCAGCAGCAGCAGCAUCAGCAGCAGCAGCAGAGUCAGCACCAGGGGCUGCCCACAGGAGCCAUUUCUGCGCCGUCGCCUCCCUUUGGCACAUCACACAAUUUCAAUAGACCCUCGUGGCUUAUCAACCUCCCACCCGGACCCAAGGAUACCCCUACGCAGUCUGUCAGGAGGAAGCACAAGAGCGUACGGUCACUCACUAGAGAGUACGAGUCCUCCGCUACAAAGGAGAAUCUCAACCCCGACACAGUCGACGUCGAAGGCUCCUCAGCACCGCGCUCGGCCGACAGCUCGUCGCCUUCCAAGGCUGCAGCAGCUAGCAGUGACGCUUCCUCUCGCUCGCACGCCAGAAAGAGCUCCGUGCUGCUAGCUUCAAGCUCAUACCCAUCCAGCUUCGAAGUACCCAGCGAGCAGAACGGCAGGACCAGACCCUCGCCCACGGCACGGAUACCUUCUGGCAGCGGCCUUCCAUCCUCUUCCAGCAGUGAAGCAGGAAUACGUCUAGCUUCCUCUGCCUACCCCUCGACAUACUCAUCUGCAACCCCACCCUCUGCCAUCUCCCCACACCCUUUGCCCGCGCCGCCUCCUCCAGCCCCCUCGCAACAUCCUGGCGACAUGCCCGUCUCUCAGGAUGGGCCUCCGGUCUUCUCAGUGUCCCUUGACAGCCCUCAUUCCCCUGCCGCCGGACAGUCUGCUCUGCCCACCCUAGAGACUCCGACUCGCCUGAGCGUCAAGAAUCGGUCUAACAGCAACCUUGGAAGGAGCGUAUCUCACGGCCAUACUCCCAGUCGCGAAUGGCCCGCUGCUGAGAAUGCUACACCGGAGCGACCCAGGGCUGUAUCGGCAUACGAUGCUGCUGUGAAAGACGAAGAGGGAGAUACCGUAGGGGACCUGAUGCGGACACAGUCCACUUCCGCCCGGAAGCCUCUCUCUCAGAUGACACCGGCAGAGAGAAGAGAGCAUUCACGCAAGCACUCGAGAGUACAUUCGAGGAACCUCAGCGUCUUCUUCCCACAGCCUGGUUCCGCUGCCGAGCAAGAGGCGGACCAACACCGCGUUGACAUGAAUUACUCUAAUGACAGACCGCAAAUCUACGUGGACACAGCCGGCGCCCAAGCUCGAUCCAAUGACUCCGAAUACUGGAGCACCACUCCUGAAUCAGCUUCUGUCCAGACGAGUCCCAGCCAAAGUCGCCGCGGGCACCACUCGAAGCAUAGCGUCAGUCAUGGCAUCUUCCGCCCACCUAGUGGAGCAACCCCCACACGCCCCGGCCUCUACAGAGAGGACAGCUCGGAAAGCUUCGUGUCAUUUGCGCCCAAUGGGUCUCCAGAGGCCCUGAAGAGUCGCAGCACGAGCGUGAAUGCUAGUCAUGACUAUCCGCUACACCAGUCGGCGCAUCCACAUGAUCACCACGGCCACACACAUCAACAUCAUCAUCAACAUGCCCACACCCCGCACAAAGAAGCCGUGGGGAAAUUCGCUGCAUUGCCAUAUCCUCUCUCGAUCUUCGCUACGCUUCCGCCCCUUCCGCCGAAGCUCGCUCCUACUUUGGUAUUCUCGCUUUGCCACUUCGUCCUUGGCUCAGCGCUCUGGGUAGCUGGGCAGUCGAGCGAUUCGCUAUCUGUGACAGGUCUGGGCUACUUGGUCGUCUUCGACUCACUUGGCAUCUUCAACGAAUCACUCUCAAGGUGGAUUCUAGCCGCCAAAUCGAGCUCAACUGCAAAUACGCAGAAGAUCAGCUCGGCCUACUCCAUGCAUCGGACUUCGACUCUGCUCAACUUUGUGCAAGUGAUCUACCUGCUCUUCGCGGCCGUGUAUGUCUGCAAAGAGUCCAUUGAGCAUGCACUUCUGGAAGGAGAUGAUCAGGCCGUCAUCAGUCCGCUAGCCGCGACGGAAACAGCACAUCUAGCAGCCGGUAGUCUGGCAGGCAGCGCUUCAGUAGUGACUGGUGGCGGUGCAGGCCACCACCAACAUGAAGAGGGUCUAGAGGGUCUUGAGCUCAACCUCCCAGUCGUCAAGAUCGCUCUUGCUGUUCUUGCCUGCCUGUUCUCGAACCUUGUCUUGAGUAAUCACGCCAAGCUCGUUGCCGCAUCUGGAAUCUCUACCACAACGUCCUCGCCUGGAACGACCAGCCGACGGCAUUCUCGCUCACAGUCGGUUCUCGUACAGACAGCAAACUUGACCGGCCCAGUGCUGUCUCUCCUGUCGAAUCCGUACACGAUGGCGGUACUCUUCUUCUCCACUACUCUGCUAUUCUCAGCUCUUACCAUGUCGCCAUUCCAAGUCGCCGCGCUGGACAAGGUUCUCGCCGGUCUUGAAUCUGUCACAAUGUGGUACAUUGCUCUUCCCGCAAGCCGGGUCCUAGGAAAGGUACUGCUCCAGACUGCUCCCAACAUCAACAACGAAGACGAAGGAGGCAGAACCAAUACCUUACAGCUCAUGAAGGCCAUCAAGGCCCUAGAGGACCACCCACUUGUGCACUCGACGAAGCCGCCGCACGUCUGGCAACUUACGCCUUCGACGUCAGCUGUCAAUGCAGCCGCAGGGGGCGCCAAGAAUUCGCUCGCUCUGUCCUCCUCCUCCUCUUCACGCACGGCAAAGUCGCCUACACUGAUCGCUUCUGUGAGAGUCAUCCUCCACAAGCAUGCAACUGAUGCUGAUAUCCUGAAGGUGACCAAAUGGGCGUACCAGAGGUGUGCGCCUAGUGUCGGAGCAGGCAUGGGAGUCAAGGUUGGCGAAGGGCUGCGAGGAACAAUGCUUGCCGGAGACCUUGUGUUGGACGUGAGGAGAGAAGGAGAAGAAGCAGAGGAGACGUGCGGACAUGAUCAUCAUGGGCACGAUCACCAUGGACAUGGUCAUGACCACAGUCACGCUCACUCCGGUCACAGCCACGACCACAGUCAUGCUCAUGCUGGUCACGGUCAUGACCACACUCAUGAUCACGCACGUGCUCAUGCCCAUGCUCAUGAUCAUAGCCACGCCCAUGAUCAUUAUGGCCACUCUCACGAGCACGAUCACUACGGGCAUCAUGUUGCGCUCGCGCCCCAGGCGCAGUCCCAUGAGCAUGAUCACGAUCACGACCACGACCACAAGGGACAUGCGAACAGCGGCCACUCGCACGGAAGUGCUUCGGCCCACCAUCAUCAUUCGGGGCAUUCGCACUCUCAUCAGGGGCAUGCUUCAUCCGCCCAGCAACGUAUUCCAAGCGGACAUCAUGUUCACUAG